UGCAACUGGAGACGCGAUUUGGUGCGUGUGUCGUCCUGCCGCCGUCAGUGGAAGCACGCGAAACAAAUUCCUGGGGUUCCCGGGCCGCCCGCUGCAAGCCGGCCUUCGCGCUGCCGCACAGGUGGGCGUCGGCGGCGGGGCGCUGGCAGGUGAGCGCGCCCCUCGAACCCACGACCCUCGGCUGAGCCCUUGGCAAACCCGAGCGCAGGUGAGCCUCAAAGCAGGAGCCCCGAAUCAGCCUCUCAUCUGACAACUGUCAGCUGCUACCGCUUGGCCACCAGCCUGUCACUGCGCCGCCUCUCAGCAGGGACAGCAGAAUGAAAGAAGUCAUGUCCAACAACAGCACCACUAGCAUCUCGCAAGCCAGGAAGGCUGUAGAGCAGCUGAAGAUGGAAGCCUGUAUGGACAGGGUCAAGGUCUCCCAGGCAGCCGCGGAUCUCCUGGCCUACUGUGAAGCCCACGUGCGUGAAGACCCUCUCAUCAUACCAGUGCCUGCAUCCGAAAACCCCUUCCGAGAGAAGAAGUUCUUCUGUACCAUCCUCUGACUCCGUUGGUGAUGACGUGGCUUUCUGUCCAUAAUUCCCUGGCAGAGACCGCAUGCUCUUAGCCGUAGGGAGUCCCAGCCACCCCCGCCCACCCCAACCGGGAUGACCGGGGCCCGCCUUCCUCCGCUGGUUUUCUUAGUUGCGUUCCAUUUCACGCCUUCUUUUCAUUCUCAUGGUAUUUCCAUCACUGGCAAAGCAAAUAGACAUUCUCGUAGCCAAAUAACACACGUGCCAAGUAAAAAUAAGUAUGCGGUUUAAGGUUUAACUUUUUAAAGCAUCGAUUCCCAUCUUCAGGACAUUGAGCUCAUACAUUUCAGUGGCAAAUUUAUGGGAAAGGAAAACUGUACAUCCCUCCCUCCCCCCAUUCCCAAUAAUUCAGUAGCAAAUUAGAGCAUUUGGACCCACUGAGAUAUGUGGAUCACGUUUUCAUCUGGAAGUUCUCUAUCUCCUGCUUUUCCAUCAUCCUGUUAGAAAGGAAAUAACCCACAGCAUCAGACGGCUUUCCCAAUGUGUGUCUUCUCUGUGGCCUUGGGGCCCAGACCCCAGUGAGGACACAGCUCCCUGUUUCCCACUGAUUACCCUCGACCACUUUGGAGAGAGUCCUUCUACAGAUGUCGAUGUUGGGGGAAUACUGUAGCAAGCUUCACUGUCCAUGCACACCAUGGUAGCUGUCUGUGCGCUCCGGCCGUGCCAGCCAAGGGCACCGUCCCCCCUCCAUAUGCCCCGUCUUCCUGCUUCUCCUUCUCUGACUCCUCCGUAGUUCUAUCCUGGGUGCACUAGUAGGGACCUGUUGGGGCACAGCACGGCACCCCGUGGGGUGUCACCAGAGUGGUCCCUGCCCCAGAGGAGCGAGCCACAGGGCAGCAGCUCCCUCUGCACCACCCAUGAUCUGAGCAUUGACCGUGUUCACUUAUUUAAUGCCCCAGCAAUUAGUAAAUGCCACAAGAGUAGCUCUGUCUCUGUUUUAAAGAGAGGAAAACUGAGGGGCGCCCGGGUGGCUCAGUGGGUGAAGCGCCGACUCUUGAUUUCGGCUCAGGUCGUGAUCUCAGAGUCCGUGUCGGACUCCGUGCUCGGCGGGGAGGCUGCUUGAGAGUCUCCCUCUCCCUCUUCCGCUCGCUCGUUCUCUCUCUCUCUAGUAUAAAUAAGUGCAGCACACUUCUCUCCUCAUCUUUGCCAGGAGAAGGCACGUUGGGCCUAAAUAGCUUGUGGAAAACAAUAAGACAGAUACGUGGAUGCCCCAGUGGAAGACUAGACAGCCCUUGGGUUUUCUGAGACCAAUGUGCACACUGCGCCUAAAACAAAAAUGAUGAAAGAGACUAAACCACGGGGGCAGAGGGCUCCCUGUCCAAGUUUGUGCCCUUCCGUUGGCAUCCUCCCUGGCUCUCUCAGCAGCUAGCUACGUGAUAUGGGACAAGCCACUGUGGGCCUGGAAUGUUCUAACCUGCUAAUUGGGGAUAAUGGUAAUUACUCCUCCCGCCUUUCUCUCUGGGAGGCCCCAGAGAGGUGCUACAUAGAUGGAAGCUCUGAUUAUCAUUUAAAAUAAAUUGCUAAAAGCUCCAAUAUAACACUGGCAGGAAUGCAUGACUUCAAAGACACCGUGGUUGGGGGCCUCAUGUAAAAUUGCCUACAAGGAGCCAAAUAUAAUUUCAGGUCAAUUAAUAACUUGCCACCUUGCAAAUGGUUUUAGUGCAUUUUUAUUCUCUGCCUCUUUCGUUGGAAGCGAUUCUUCACCUCAUUAAAGCUCACAGGCCUCACCAGUGAGGUUAGGAAGCUGUAUACUGUAACGAGAGCAGAACUGUGUGGCUGUGUGUGAUCGUCAGACUCAAACCCUUCCCCGUCUCAAUUCAUGACCGGGCGCCCUUUCUUCUGUGGUCCAUGUCAACAUCAUUAACCUGAUUAAGCAAAGCACAAUUCAUAAAAGCACAUCAGAGAAGCCGAGGAAGUGGGACAGCACGGAAGCUGGCUAAAUCAGGUCAGGAAGAAACGGAGCUUCUCGCCUUCCUCCAGACUUUCUCUCCUGUUUUCCCUUUUCUUGUCUCCCCUCGCUUUUUCCUUUCCCCUUCUCUCCCUUACCUUCCUCUGUGAGACGCUUUUUCAUCUUUCUGGUUUGCCCCUUCUAAAGUGUCCCUGAACUCAAUGCCCUCUUCCUAAAGGCAAGGUCAUGCACUUGGGCUCCAAGAUACCCAAACAGGUAGAUGAGCCCCUCGCCCUGCUAGCCACUCACUAGGAGGUGAACCAAAGUGGGUGCACCCGCCGUGGACUGUUGUCACUUUGUGUUCGCAGUUUGACUGUCCGGCAUCUGACCCCCCCCCUUCCUACGGGGAGGGAAUCAUCCCUUACAUGUACAUUUAGUGGGAUGCAAUAGUACUCCCUUUCACUGUGGAUGCUGAAAGGGGGAGGUCUUCCCUGUCUCUCAGGCGUACCCCCUUUCCAGCACCAGGCCGGUCAGGGAGGGGCCAGUGGCCUGAUGUGAACUGCCUGGACUCCUUGGCCUGGACCUGUGAGCUUGGAGCAAGUGGCCCAGACAUGAGAAGAUGCUGAGAUUGGUUUGAUGGGAGGUGCAGUGGUCCAGGGACCGCACUGGCCCAGAAGGAGAGGCAUCUAAGCCUGGCAGGCUGCAGGGAUUCUGUGCCCAUGGCUAACAAUGACCCAGGACGGCAAAGUGCUGAGUAGACCAUUCCCGGUCCAUUCCUCGGCCCCGCUAACUGUCUUGCCCCACCCCCCACAUCCUCCUAGGUCUCUUUCUUUCUAGCUCUCUGUCAAUUCUUUGAGCCUCCAAGCUCCAUCCAGUAAAUUUCUUAUUCCAUGAAAUAGCCUGGGUUGGAUGUACAUAUCAUAUGAUCUUAAAGUGCAUACUUUACAGAAAUGUGUAUAUGUGUUCACCAAGAGAAAAGUACUAGAGUGUUCAUAAAAGCGCUCUUUGGAAUAACCCAAAGCCGGAAAGCACUCCAAUGCCCACGUUGAAUGGAUAAACGAAUUCUGGUGUAUUCACACAGUGAAAUCCUGGGCAGCAGUGGGAAUAAUGAUCCUGCAGCUCGACCCCACAGCAUGGUGUGAGGCUCACGACAUUGGGCAAGUUCAUACUACGUGAUUCCAUUUAUGUCAAGGGCAAAACUCAGCUAAGCUAACCCAUGCUGUCGCAAGUAGGGAGUAUCAGUUACUCUUUGGAGGAUGGGAACCAGAAGGGGCACAAGGGGAGCUUCUAGAAUGUUCUGUGUGUUGAUCUGGUUGCUGGUUACCUGGGUGUGUCCAGUUUGUGAAAAUUCUUGGAGCUGUCCACUUUGGAUUGUGUACUUUUCUGUAUAUAUGUUAUACUUCAAUAAAAGUUGGUUUGUGU